AUACAGGGGGUACCGGUACAGAGUCAAUUCUCUUCUCUCCCAGUAAACUGUUAGACUGUGUUAUUCUUCUAUUCAGACCGACUCCUAACCACCCCUAACCCUCUCCUCUCUCUCCACCAGUAUGCCUUGGAGCGUUUAAAGGUGAUGUGUGAAGAGGCUCUGUGCACCAGCCUCUCUGUGGAGAACGUGGCUGAUACCCUGAUCCUGGCGGACUUACACAGUGCCGAGCAGCUCAAAGCACAAGCCAUAGAUUUUAUCAACAGGUGCAGCGUCCUCCGACAGCUGGGCUGUAAAGAUGGGAAAAACUGGAAUAGCAGUCAUGCCACGGACAUAAUGGAGACGGCAGGCUGGAAGUCAAUGAUCCAGUCCCACCCUCACUUAGUGGCCGAGGCCUUCAGAGCCUUGGCAUCGGCACAGUGCCCGCCCUUCGGCCUGCCGAGGAAACGCCUAAAACAGUCCUGACUGCUACAGCCCUCUGAUCCAGACAGAGAGCUGAGGCAGCCCACUGAUCCAGACAGAGAGCUGAGGCAGCCCACUGAUCCAGACAGAGAGCUGAGGCAGCCCACUGAUCCAGACAGAGAGCUGAGGCAGCCCACUGAUCCAGACAGAGAGCUGAGACAGCCCUCUGAUCCAGACUGAGAGCUGAGGCAGCCCUCUGAUCCAGACUGAGCUGAGACACCAUGGGGACACAGGACUAUGAAGAAGAGAUCCCCCCAGUCCCCUCAUAGACUGUCCGUCUCAUCCUAUUGGUUUCUAUCUGAACAGGGCUGGUAGCAUGGGAGACUGACUCCAACUGGUAGAAAGUAACGUUUGGUUUUGGUCCUCAAGUUUUGUCGCUAUUUUUCUGUAAUUUCAAAUGGCCUUAAUCUAUCUGCCAUUGGAGCUGAUCCCCGUCCCACAGACCAGGCUGCCCCGUCCCACAGACCAGGCUGCCCCGUCCCACAGACCAGGCUGCCCCGUCCCACAGACCAGGCUGCCCCGUCCCACAGACCAGGCUGCCCCGUCCCACAGACCAGGCUGCCCCGUCCCACAGACCAGGCUGCCCCGUCCCACAGACCAGGCUGCCCCGUCCCACAGACCAGGCUGCCCCGUCCCACAGACCAGGCUGCCUCCAGAUUGCACUAGUUCCCAUAGUAAUUUUGAUAUGGAGUUCUAUAGGGACGUGUUAAGCGUUUGAUUCAUGGGAAAUAUUAUAUAUUUGUAAUGUUAAGCCCAUUUUGUGACUAGACAUUAAAAAUCGUGAACACUUUCA